AUGCAGUGUGUCUUUUUAGUGUCCAUCUUUGUGUGCUUCAUCACCUGUCCCAUCGUCAUGGUACAAGCUGUACAGCUAGGCGAUCCUGAUGCCUUAAUCACUUUAUAUCGUGUGGCCCCGACCGAUGAAUUAGGCAUCUACCGGUAUGCCUACAAGACGAGUAAUGGUAUUGCAGUACAGGCCGCUGGAAGCGCUUUGGAAACAAUUGGUAUAUUUAGUUACGUUUCUCCCGAGGGCAUCCCAAUCGAAGUGCGCUACAUUGCUGAUGAAUUAGGUUUCCAUGCCGUCGGACGUCAUCUGCCUAGACCCCCACCAAUACCAGACUACAUACUUCGCUCUCUGGAGUAUAUACGCACGCAUCCAAACGACGAAGAUCGUGGCCGUUAUCGAAUUCAUAAAUAG